CUCUAAAAUAUCAACAGCAUUUCAGACAAUCGAAAGGACAUUCUAUCUUCCCGUCGCCACCACAUCCCUUUCAAAGUCAAGCCUUCCGACCUCCUGCGCAAUACUUCGCGAAUACCUCAGCAACCAUGGCCUCCAAGAAAGGAGCUUACGAGAACACGGCGUCGGACACCGAUUUCCGCAAGAAAUACGACCGCGCCGAAUACGCCCAAAAAGCCAAAGACCGCGAAGCCAAAGAGAAAGAAGAAUCGAAGCUCCGCUACGAAGCCAAGCUCGCAGGAAAGAAAUACUACGCUCCUCUUACUGGCGAGGAAACUCUCACACAAGCCCGAGCUUCACGAUUAGACGUCUCUCAGAAUGUAGGAAAGGUGAUGCUCAUGCCUGCGGGCGCUGCGACGGGCAAGAAAGGCAGAGGUGCAGGAUUCUAUUGCGAGGCUUGUGAUUUGACCUUUAAGGAUAACUUACAAUGGGUCGAGCAUGAGAAUAGUAUGCAGCAUCUGCGGGCGAUUGGGCAGACGGGAGAGGUUAAGAAAGCGAGUGCUGAGGACGUUAGGGAGAGGAUAGAGAGAAUUUGGGAGAGAAUGCAGGAGGAGAAGAAAGAUGAUGUCAAGACGUUAGGAGAGAGGUUGGAGAUCAGGAAGGAAGAAGAGGAGAAGGAUAGAGAGGAGCGGAGGAGAAAGAGAAAGGAAUUAGUGGAGAGGCAGAGGGCGGAGAAGGAGAAAGAAGUCAAAAUUAAGAAAGAAUAUGGCGAGGAUGUUAGAGUUGAGGGAGAACAUGAUGAGGAUGACAUGAUGGCAAGCAUGGGAAUUACUGGAUUUGGGUCAUCGAAGAAGUAAAUCCUGCAUUUGGACUGGACUAUCUAUCAACUUCUCCUGGCACAAUUUGGAGUCUCUACCUAGGGGGCACAGUGCACUUGGAGGGCCUCGGAAGUAGUCGCCAGCUUCGAUAAUACCUUCCGAGUCGCAGAAGAAGAUCCUGUGGGGUUCAGUUCUUGGCGUUGCCUGAGCUUGAGAUUCUUACAGCAGAAUGCUCGAAGACUUGAAAAAUGCGGUAUCUGUUCCUCGAUAUCUUACAUCCAAGACGUCUCUCCUCUGGGUAGGAUGUGGUGCUCUAGCAUCAUUACUUUUCGAGCCCUGCUCAUCUCCUACAGAAUAACAGCAGUUGAAUCUUGGUCUUUCAAUCAACUU